AAGCAUCUAUUUAUUGCGAAGUUGUCCUGAAUGAGUUACAAAAUCCAUAAGCGAUUUCACCUCAACUCGUCCACUCUCAUUGCCAUGGGUUGCCAAAUCACUCGCGAAAAAAGAUUACAAAUUAUUACAAUUCUAUGCAACGAACCAUUCAUAUUAAGAGAAAGGUGCCAAUUUGUUGCGCACCUGGGACCCGCAGAAAUUCCAGCGGCCGAUAUACUGCGUUGGGGUGCAAGCCAGUCAAAUAUGACGGGAUUUGAAUUAUUCUCCGAAAUUAUGGAUUCCUGGUUAAGCACGAAUGGCAACGAAGCCACCGUAGAGAAAUUGAUAGAAUGCCUUACCGCCAUGGGGAAUGGUACUAAAUCCUGUACAGAAAAAAUCGAACUACUUGGAACCCAGGCUCAAAAAAGUUGUGGAUUUGGGGAUGAUUACGACAUAGUUUUGAUCGACACUUUCAGCCAAUUACACUCUUUUUUUCACCCAGAAAUGCAAUAUUUAUUUGUGACGAAAUACUAUAAAAGAUUCGAUAGUGCAACUUUCUUCAAGUUAACGGAGGACACAGUCCUACAAUUUGCACGGCAAUAUUGCGCCUCAACUUCAGAAAAAUAUCCAAGUUUGGGGGACAGUGAGAAGGAAAUAUUUCACUCUCGUCAUGGGGACUUGCGUGUAGUUUUACGAAAUAAAGAUGGCGGUAAAUUUGUUGUCGGAAUGGUGAACGGGUGUGUGAGGAGCUUGAUAGAUCCGGGGGAAAAUUGGGACUUGCAAAAUUUUAGGACAUUUUGGGAACAUUUGAGGAACGAUAAUUUCGCUAGAGUUGUCCAAGAGACGAGGUUAAUUCUGUUUGAGAAGCUUUUAUUAGCUAAGGAGAUUUACGGAUCAGAUGAAUAGUAAUUGAUUUUUAAUUUUUAUUUUUAUUAAGUAAUUCAAUAAAAAAUUCGUACGCAUAAAUUAGAUUCUUAAGUUUACUGAAAAUCGUCCAUAUCCUGAAAAGAAAUCGCAAAACCUCGCUAACAGUGUGUCACUGUAGUGAAGUGAAGCAUGCAAAAAUGUAUGGACGCAUUGAAACUAAAAUGGUACCAAUUUGUCCCUAACCCAUAGUUGAUUUUGGGGUACUUAUUAAUGAGUUGUUUUGUGACCAACAGAAAAUAAUUAUAAAAAAAUCAUGAACGAAACAUAUGUGGCAUCAGUGGCAAAAAAUACUUUAAUUUUAUAUAACAAGUCUCCUAUUCAGAUAAUUUAAACAUCUAAAAGUGUUUAACUUUUGUUAAAUAAUUAAUAGAUUAACUCCAUUAUUAAGUUACUGCAUGCAUGCUUAGAUUAUGUAAAUAUUUACUCUUCUAAUUCACUACAUAUAAAGUCACAAAUUAUGUGUAACGAAAUUCUAAAAUUCGCAUGUAAACAAUUUAGGAAUAUUAAUCAACCUAAUUCGUGCGCACCAAUCAAUAGAAUUAUUAAAUUCUUAAUUUCUUUGGCUGAUAUACAUACGUAUGUAUUUAUGUAUGUAUGUAUAAUGUGUAAUUAUUUAAGGGAACGUAUGCUAGUUGGUAUUUACAUGCACGUGUUUCUUGCCCAUAUCGGCAUCUCACUGAGUUCUGGAGAAAUUGCCACAUGUGCACUUUUGCCCAACCUUUCAUUUAUUGACGUGGAAUUACUUCAAUAUUGACACCCACACAUGACCAUCAAUUGAACUGCACGCCGAACUUCCAUAUGUACAUAUGCUAACAUAAAUAUGCAAAACGGAUGGUAAAUUUUAGUCAAAUUGGCCACUAUAAUGUAACAACUUGGAAUUAUUGAGUGCCCCUUUCUAAACAAACAUUAAACAUUUUAUGUCGUUAUAAUUGAAUUAAUCCUUUUAAGUUUAGUCAGCCCCGCCCCAAAUUAUGCAACCAUUUAAAAUUUUGUUGCGUAAUAAAUACAUACGCUCUUAGAAAUCUGGGAAAGUCACACAUAAAUAAUUUCUAGUUUUUAAAAUAGCUACGGCUCUAUAGUAAAAUUGCACCGAUGCGUAAAAAUCUUCUAGUUCUGAGAUAAAACCUUGCCGCCGAAAUCUUACUAGAAUACCGUAUUACUUUAGAAACAUUACGUUGGUGAAGUAAGAUAUUUGGAUUAGUGCUUGGUAUUAUUUUAAAACAAGAUUUCUAAGAGUGUACUUGAAAAGCUUAACGUUUUAUGCUUUUUACUAUACAAUUCAUACAAAUUCUUUCGUGGAUAAGGUAGCCCCUCGUUAUUUUAAACCAGAAGCUACCCGGAUCCAUGGAGGCGAUUGAUCUGUCCGGAACUGAGCUAAUUUUCACAGGAGCGAACGAAGCUGGUUUUGAGGACAUUGGGAACUUAUCGAUCACGUCCAAAUCAAAUAAUUACAGCGCAGCGGUAAAUUUAGUGUUGGAGUUGCAAUUCAUGAUGAACUUUAAGAUAAAAAUUAUUCCAGCCUACGACUACUUCCCCGACUUUCCAGAAAUAUUUAAUUUCACAAAUUCGACCAUAGCGUAUCACUUAAUUACUGGCAGAGCAGACAUUGCGAUCGGGAGUUUAUACCACAUUCUACCCCGUGCAAAGUUCGGGUGCCCAGUGAUCACUUAUCAUACAGAAGGAAUUCACGUCUUCUUCCAACAACCAACUAAUAUAAUGGAACAGGGGGAUGUAUUUCAAAAACCGAUAAAACUCGAUCUCGCCGUGGGUAUGGUCUUAACAUUGUUUGGGAUUGGAACGCUAGCGGAAUUCUCAAAAUGUCUCAAAGUUUCUGGGGUACAUUGUAUCCAAUAUUUACUGAAAGGAUGGGAAUGGGCAGUUGCAACGUUGUGCUCACAAGCUGUUCAAAAUAAAAAAUGGGUUGGCCGACGGGACUAUGUCAAGAUAAUGCUCUUCUUGGGCAUGAUGUUAUCCGUUUGGCUCAAUGUGUACUACUCGGCCGCAAUUUUGUCAUAUUUUACCAGAGAGGAAGAAAUUAUUCGCAAAUUUGCAGACUUAGCACCAGCCGGCUUCAGUAUUGAUGCUUUUUACAGUGUCAAAUCCACCUUUCCCAGAGAGUCGGAAAAUCACCCCUUGAUACAAUUUCUCGGCGUGGGCUAUCGGACUUCCAUCCAGUUAGUGUAUGCAGGGAAUCAUGCCCACUUGGACAGUUCGGAAUCAUUUUUUAAAUAUUCGGCCAAAGUGGGAAAGUCAGUUGAGAAAAUCUGCACCGUUUCUAGACUCCCAUUUAAUACGGGAAACCUUCGUGGCGGAUUUUAUUGCAGGUUUGGAUUUCCGUAUGCAGAAGAAUUUGCUGUCGGGAUUCACAAACUUCGCGAAGCUGGGAUAAUUAAGAGAUACUUGACAAUAGAAAAAAUAGCGGUAACCAUUACCUGCACUGCAACCGUAAGGAAGAAGUAUCACGAUAACUUGGGCCUCAAAGAAGUUUGGAUUUUGUACAAGUUUUACAUUUCAGCCUCGCUUAUCUCUUUGUUUUUUACCAUAAUAGAAUUCCUAUUCGUCCACUCUAAGAAAUUUUAUUACCGGAUUUUCGCCAACCGGUGACUCUACCGCAUAGUGUGACCAUAAAUACGCUAUCCUUACGUCCCCGCCGAUUUUUAAGAAAUAAAUUUUUAAAAUGGAAAAAUUGCAAGUUAA